UUCCUUGUCUGGUUGGGAGACCCCCCCAAGUUUGGAGUACCUGUACAUGGAAUAUGAAGAGGAUGAUGAUAUCUUCUUUGCAAAAUGGAUGAGCAGCUUCUGGGGCCACAACUUGAUUGAUGAGAAAAAGAAAGAGGGUAGAGGCCACAAGAAACAUCAGAUACGACUCCUUAAUGAAAGGAGAGCAUCUCUACCGGCCACACUUUCCUCCCUCAACACAACACGACUUCAUGCUUCUGCCAAAGGUUCAUCUUCAGGCCACCUCAAGGGCUCCAAGGAAUUUCAAGAAGACCAAGAUGUCAAAUACCACAGCCACAGAAAGGCAAGCAGAACACCUUCACCAGACAGCUCAUGCCCAGAGACAAGAUCAAACUCUGUUCAGGAAUUUGCAGAGUCCUUUGCAAAGCAAUUGCAACUCAAAAGCAAGCGUUCAGUUUCUUUGCAACCUGAAGGUGUGAAGGAGAGGCGAGAAAGAGAAAAAUUGCAUUUGAGAAAAAGCAAGUCUCAUAAGAGAAUGGGAGAGAAAUCAGAGCCAAGGAGAGAGCGGGGAGAAGCUGAAGGUUCAGAAGCUGUACCUGCAAACUACGAUGAACAGUUUCCAUCACAAGCAAGCAUUGAAAAAGGAUAUUUAUUCACAGGCAGCUAGAAUAUAUGGAGAUAAUGAAUUUUAACACUCCCUCUGAAGAGCAGAGGGAGAAUUCUUGUUUUGUUUUGACUAGAAGAGGCCUGUUAGCUAGAAUAAACCAUAAGCUGUAAAAUAAAAGUAAAAUUCAACUGCA